UUAGGGAGCUGUUUGCAGGGCCGAGGGACAAGGAAGGAGGUGGGAGCUUGGGGUUCGGGAAGGAACACAGAGCCAAGCACACCUCUGCAGUGUUGGAGCUGGGGGCAGUUUGAUUGCUGCUUCACUCCCGAAACCGGCUAUGCCCUUUGUUAUCAACCAUUUUUCUUCAGUCCUGGCAUCAUGUGACCUAUGCCUGUGGAACUCCCGUUGGCCAUUACCCGGUUCAAGUUCUCCAUGAGACCAAGGCUAUUUCUGCCAAAGAUGAAUGUUUUAGAAGACUACAAGAUGAAAAUGAUUCAGACUGAGGAGAGGCAACGCUGAAUGGUAAAAUCCCAUCCAGUCUUCGGAUGGUCCUGCUCCUCUGCAGCCCCGCAGCCGGCAGCACCGCUAGCUCCGCUUCUAACCAUCAGCCGUGAGGCUCACUUAUAGAAUAAUUACUUUAACCUGGAAAACACGCCUCAUUCCCACGAUCCUAUAAGGAAACAUCCAGAGCAUCACUCAAAAGGAAGCAUCCCUCUCCAGCCUCAUGGAGAGAAACCAUGAAGAAACCCCCAAGGCCAGGCUCCUCUACCAGGAGGUCUGCCUGGCAGCUCAGCGACUCGAUUUCUUCCUUGAUAAAGGAAAUGCCCACAAAGAAGUGUUCAAGCCUCACAUCCUGGCUCUCAGAGAGAUGGUUCAGCAAGCCUGCAUUAAACUCAUGUUCCUGCAUCCGGUGGCUUAUGGUAGGAAGGCGGAGGAGCUCUUAUGGAGAAAAAUCUACUCUGACGUCAUCAUGCUGCUCAUGAAGACCAACAAGAAACAAAUGGACACUUUCCAACACUGGGGCGGGCCCCUGCAGGCUCACCUGAAGGCUGGCCUCAGGUUCUACGAGCAUCUCUUCCUGUUCCUUCAGGGACACUACGAGCUGAGAUUACAGAGCUACAUAGACUGGCCUCACAGCGCCAUCCACUUGAUUGGCUGUAAGAAAGUGGGACCCACAUCAGCGGAAGAGGCUUCCUGGGCCCGCAUGGCCUGCCAUCGCUGCCUCCUUUACCUGGGAGACUUGUUCCGCUACCAGCAUGAGUUCCUAGACCUGGCCACCAAGAACUUGGCUGAGAGAUGCUAUUAUAGGGCCUUGUCAGUGGCCCCGCAUAUGGGAAUGCCCUUUAACCAACUGGGCGCGCUCAUGGGGAGUAAGUAUUAUGACCUGGAAGCCACAUACUUCUAUCAGCGCUGCCUCCACUCGGAAGUGCCUUUUAAAGGAGCGGCUUGGAACCUCAAACGGCUCUAUGAUCAUGCGGGAAAGAGGUAUAGCUGUCUGAAGAGGUACCAGGGAAGGAAACUGUCCCACAGCCAGAGGCAGUGUUGGGACAACAAAAGGCUUCUUGUCAGCUUCCUCUACCUUCAGAGCCUCUUGCAGCCUAAGAGGAAAUUCAAAGCCGCAAGGCUGAUAGCCCUGUGCCAACUGGUUCUCGAAGACUUUCGUCUCUGUCUUUCCUAUCGGCCACGCCAAUCUGUCCAGUGCCACACUUCCAUAGACGAUAAGCCUCCUAAAGGGUAUCUUUUUCUCCCGGACUUUCUCAUUUUCCACAUGGUGGUUCUUUGCCUCAUGAAUGUGCACAGCCUGAAGAAAUCAGGCUCAAAACAACACAAACCAGCUGUUAUCUUCACCCUGACUCUUUUCUCUCAUCUAGUACAGCAUGUGAACACACGGAUCCAGGCUGAGCUGCAGAGGCGGAAGCUGACUCCAGAAGAUGCUUCUUCCCGUGAAGGAUGCUGGGAGGAGCCUGGAAAGCAAGAUCAAGAUUUUCCAUCUCCCGGGCUCCAGCACAGCAACUCUCAGAGAAGUCAGGGCUGGUCUGGUAUUUCUAGGGAGAGUGAGUCUGGCUUUCCUUCCGGCUGUGACUCAGAUGAGACAGAGGAAGAGGAAACCUCAUCUUUAAGUUCCCAGGUCCAAUCGGACUCAAGCAGUGAAGCGUCCCACUCAGAUGCAACAGAUGAAGAAGGAAGUGGCUCCCUGAGUUCAGAAACAAUUCAGAAGGGUGGAGGUACAUCUAAACCUACGGCUGCUCACCGUAGAAACAAACUGAAGGCGUAUAUACCUCCUGACAGUCUCCUUGACCUCUUGAAAACAACUCUAUCUUCCAGCUUGCCAGCUCCUUUGAGUCAAAAACUCCAAGGAAAACAUGGCUUGCCCUUCGCUUCCGUCUUCAGUCCUAACGUUCUGACACCUCCGUCUGAGCCAAGCCCUGCUCUCAGCAGUUCUUUGUGCAUCGAGAGCGAGAUGAGCGGCUUUCCGGACACAGAGUUCCAUGUGGGUUCCUCUUGGGAGCAGAGGCCCUCCGUUGCCCAGAAAAACAAUCUCCAGACCACCCAAUGGAAAUUGGACAUUCUCUCCGAAGAGGGACUGUUGCCCACCAUCAAGGUGAUCCUGAGCUGGCUGCACAGCAAUCACAGCCUCCUCUCGACACAGCGGAAGAGUAUACUCAGCUUAUGGGGCCACCUCUGUGUGCUUCUGAACCUGUUGCCCUCGGUGGGGGACCUGCAGCAUCCAGGCCUUGGUCUGUCUCACCAUCUCCAGGACUUACUGCGGAGCUGUCAAUGGCCACACACUCCCAAGUACCUUCAGCUCCCCGAAGACAUUGCCCUGUUCCAGCCGGUUCCUCCUCAAGUGUCCCAGGAUAGAGCAGACGUAGGGCAGGAUCUGCCUUCACUCACCAACCGGGAGGAAGUUAUCGUUCGCAUCUGUUUCUUCAGAAGUUUUGGACACUUUGCAACCAGACUCCCAGGACAGUUCUUGAGCUUCGAUUCGAAACUGGGCGUCUUUGUGAGCAGUACCCUUGAAAGGUCAGAAAACCCACUUCAGCAGCUUCCGAGAACAGCUGCACGAAUUAGGUUUUCCAAAGACAUAGUCCAGCUUUGGCUUCAGCGUGAGGUGGCAUUGCUCGAGAAGACCCUCCGGGGUCCCCAGACUCGGUCAGUAUUGACCCCUUACCUGUUCCCUGACCCCAGGGCCCUCUGCGAGCACCUCCCAGUCAUACAGAAACUGGCCACUAGUGCUAAGUUUUUUCUUAUCAUACCCAAGGUUGUGGUUGACACACUGUACAUCCUAAAAUGGGAAGACCGCAGAGCCCUGGCAGCCAUCACUUUCCUGGAAGAUGAGUUAAAGAGAAGGAACCAGUACAUUCUCUGCCAGUCCUUUGUGUCCAAGAGGUUGGUGAGGCCCAGAAUGACUAGACCAGAUUCUGAUGCCUGGGAUCUCUACAAUAUUCUUGGGUUCUGCAAAAGUCUGCUGGACUCUUCCAGGCCAGGGGUAUUGGAUCCCAGCAGCAUGGUGACUAUCAUUACGGGUGUCUGUUUGGACCGCCCUAGGAAUUUCUCGUACCCAUUGCAGUUGGUGCUGGGGAUGGCAACUGAAGCUGGCGUGGAAAUCAAGAAUAUCCUGAACUUCCACAAAGAGUGGAAAGUGAUCAGUUGAUGAGUUUUACAUCUUCCUGUUCUUUGUCCUCCAGUGCUCAUUGUUCAAAUUCAGUGUGUUCCUUUGUCAUGGGUACCUAACGCUGAGGUAGGCAAUGUGUUCAUGAGUAUUUGUGUCUACCUGCAGGUAGAUUUGUAGUGUACCAGCUUUCAGAGGCCCUCCUGUGUCCUUCUUGGCCAUCUUAGCUCUGUAGUAUGCUUCCUCUGAUAUAAAGCUCAAGAUUAACUCACUGGUAAAUGAUAAAACAGCAGAUUCAGACUGUGUCUAUACUUUGUGGACAUUCUGUGAUUUACUUAGCUCUGUUUUGUG